AUGUCCUUUUUUGUUUCUGAAACUCGGAUUCAUGUCAAAGGUCAAUUAUCAGUUGCACAACAUACACCUCUGAAUGAUCUGUUGAUUUCUGCUAAACAACAGCCUAUGAAACGAAAAAAUUCACUUUCCACCUAUGUUUCGCGAUUAAAUAUCUUUCCAUCAACAUCAGCAACAAUAACAGCAUCAUCAUCAUCAUCAUCAUCAUCAUCAUCAUUAACUUCAUCAUCAUCAUCCAAUCCAUAUACAACUCGUCAAGAAGAUUAUCAUCUUCUCACCCUCAUCGGUUCAGGUGCAAGUGCUCAUGUCUAUGCUGCUUUCUAUCCUCCCACUCAAGCGCUGGUAGCUGUCAAACAAUUGGAUUUAGAAACGCUCGACAACCCUGCUCGAUUAGAUGCAUUACAUCGUGAAGUACAAAUCAUGUCAUUAUGUCAACAUCCAAAUUUGUUACCUCUUCUUCAAAGCUUUGUAUCUUUCUCUUAUUUAUAUAUCAUCACCCCAAUCAUGUCAGGUUCUUGUCUAGAUCUAUUGACAGAAUGGUAUCCACAUGGCCUGCAUGAAUUGCUGAUCUCUUGCAUCGUGAAGCAAAUCCUCGAAGCACUUGAUUAUUUGCAUAGCAACGAGUUAAUUCAUCGGGAUGUGAAAGCGGCUAAUAUGCUGGUGGAUGCUAACACUGGCGUGGUACGACUGUGUGAUUUUGGGGUAUCAGGCAAAUUAACACCAACCAGCAGGCGUAAAAACAGUGUGCUAGCCCGACGUAGUUUUGUAGGCACACCUUGUUGGCUAUCACCUGAAAUGAUCCGUCGCGAACUCUAUGACACCAAAGUGGAUAUGUGGUCACUUGGCAUCACCACUAUUGAACUGGCCAGUGGAAAACCCCCGUUUUAUGAUGCUAAACGUACAUCCUUGAUUUUUGAUCGGAUUCUCCAUGAUCAUCCACCGACUUUUAACAAACCUUUAUCUCGUUUAUGUCAUGAUUUUGUGCAACGAUGUUUACAUAAGAAUCCUAAACAACGUUGGGCUACAAAGGACGCUUUACUACAUCCUUGGAUCCAGACUGCUCCGCCACCUCUUUAUUUAGCUCAGUAUUUACAAUCACAUUGUCCUCUGUUUGGCCAAUCUCCAGAAUAUACACAAAGAGAUCACCGCCCAUUGACAUCCUUAUCAUCAUCACUACAAACACAAGGUAUAUCAACCAAAAAAAAAAAAAAAAAAAAAGGCUAA